AUGACGCGCACGUGCUUGGUGAAGCGCGUCACCAGCGACAGCAGGAAGGCGAAGACGACGCCCACCAGCGUGCCCCCCAGGCUCACCACGAAGAAGGACACUCGGCCGUCGCUCGGCCAGGUCAUCCUCCUGGGGACCAGCUCGGUCGUCACCGCCGUCCUGUACUCCGUGUACCGGCAGAAGGCCCAGGUCGCCCAGGAGCUCAAGGGAGCUAGAAAAAUCCACUUGGGUGAAGACUUAAAGAGUAUUCUUUCAGAAGCUCCAGGAAAAUGCGUGCCUUAUGCUGUGAUUGAAGGUGCUGUUCGGUCUGUUAAAGAAACACUGAACAGCCAGUUCGUGGAGAACUGCAAGGGUGUGAUUCAGCGGCUGACGCUGCAGGAGCACAAGAUGGUGUGGAACCGCACGACCCACCUUUGGAAUGACUGCUCAAAAAUCAUUCACCAGAGGACCAACACCGUGCCCUUUGACCUGGUGCUGCACGAGGAUGGGGGCGCCGUGGCCGUGCGAGUGCUGAAGCCCCUGGACUCGCUCGACCUGGGCCUGGAGACGGUGUACGAGAAGUUCCACCCCUCCAUCCAGUCCUUCACUGAUGUCAUCGGCCACUACAUCAGCGGCGAGCGGCCCAAAGGCAUCCAGGAGACGGAGGAGAUGCUGAAGGUGGGGGCCACCCUCACCGGGGUGGGGGAGCUGGUCCUGGACAGCAACUCCGUCCGCUUGCAGCCCCCCAAGCAGGGCAUGCAGUACUAUCUCAGCAGCCAGGACUUCGACAGCCUGCUGCAGAGGCAGGAGUCAAGCGUCAGGCUCUGGAAGGUCCUGACGCUGGUGUUUGGCUUUGCCACCUGUGCCACCCUCUUCUUCAUCCUCCGAAAGCAGUACCUGCAGCGGCAGGAGCGCCUGCGCCUCAAGCAGUUGGAGGAGGAGUUCCGGGAGCACGAGGCCCAGCUGCUGAGCCGAGCCAAGCCCGAGGACAGGGAGAGUCUGAAGAACGCCUGCGUGGUGUGUCUGAGCAGCUUCCGCUCGUGCGUCUUUCUGGAGUGCGGGCACAUCUGCUCCUGCACGGAGUGCUACCGCGCCCUGCCCGAGCCCAGGAGGUGCCCCAUCUGCAGGCAGGACAUCACCAGGGUGGUCCCCUUGUACAACAGCUAACGGCCUGGGAGCCCAACACCCGCCCCUGCGGGGUUGUUGUCUGGGCAGAGCUGCCGCGGGGCAGCCGUUCAGGAAGGGGCCCUCGGGGCUCUGCACACUGCUCAUCUUCAGCCACAGGAUGUGCCUUCCCGCCCUGGGGGCUCUUUACAGCCCAGAGUGUGGGAUGGAAGCCCCCAGGGUAGUGUGGAGCGUGGCACUGCCCCCGGGAGGCCCCUCAUUUCUUAAGUGCCAGAGCCAGUGACCUUCAGCUCUUCCGCUCCCGUGUUCUCUGGUCCCUUCUGCUGGCCAGUUGGCGCCUGUGGACUUGGGCUUGGUGACUCAGCCAGAGGGGGCAGCGCUGCUUGGCAGUGUUGCCUUGGCGGGGGGGACGCUGUCAGUCUUUCUUUUGCUUACACUUUAGGAAAAAUCGUUAGGCCAAUCCUGUCGCUUGUGCCCCCUGCCCUCGCCUGCUGGCCGCCUCACUGUGUGCCACAUCAGUAAGGACAAAAAGGGAGAGCCAGCCUUUCCCCCCGAACAGGUGGGACCCUAGAGCGGCCCCUCGAAGAGCUGUUGGCACUGUGGCCUUUCAGCGGUGAAGACGGGCCAGCUCGCUGCAGCCACCGGGUCUCCCCUGGCCCCGAGGGCCGGCCACUGGCUCACACUCCGCCCGAUUUGGAUUUCUCCCACCCAGGGGAGAGCGGCUCUGGUUUUCCCGAUCUGACGUGAGCUGGAAAGCUGAAGGAAGCGAAGAGGACCUUGCUGCCUGCCUCCGGCUCCCUCAGCCGCGCCCAGGCUCACCAAGGAGAAGUAACCUGCUUCGACUGAGCAGGGGCCUGGGCCAGUCACCUUCCCUGCAGCAGUUGGCAUCCCGCGGGUGUGAGCAUCUUGCCCCACUCACCCGCCUCCCAUCUUGGGCGAGGGUGUCAGACAAGUGGGCCCCUCUCUCACCACCUGUGUGCACAGCUCUUCCUUCCCCCGCUGUGAAUGGUCAUCCCCGUCCUCUGUGGGGGGGUGGGGGUGCUCUCCAGGGUGACACCGGCACUGCAGCGUCCGGCGCAGAGGGGACACAUUAAACACGCUC